GAGCGGGACGGGCGGCCGCGGGGGGAGGCUGCCGGUAGGCAGGCAGGGCAAGGCAGGGCAAGGCAAGGCUACGGCAGGGAAGCGCUGGCUCGCCUGCCUGUUCCUCGGUCCGGCGGUUCCGCGGCUCUGCCUGUGCGGCAUAGCCGCUGCCAAAGAGAAUGGGGAGGCGGCGCUGAGCGAACUACCCUCCGCGGGGCUCGGCACCCGAGGGCAGCGGCGCGGCGGGCGAGCAAUGCCCCUCGCCCUCCUGCUUGCGCUGCCCUUCUUCCUCCUCUUCCCGCUCCCGGCUUUGAAGCUUUUGUUUUCUCCGGCCGCUGCGAUGGCAGGAAACUUCCCGGAGAGAGCUCAGGCCGGGCUUGUGCUGCGCUGGGCUCCGCGGGGCACCGGCCACGCCGUGAGGUUUUUUGGAAAGGGACUACUUUGCUGAACAGAACAGCUCAAGAUGACUUAUGAUUCCUGCUCUACAUGGGAGCCUGUCUGGAUUGAAUGCUACAGCUUCCUUCCCUCUUCAGUGUUCUUGGCUUGUGGAAUCAUAAACCUCGGAGGAACUUUGGACGGAAAUACUGACACAAAUUUAAGAACUUUGAUGCUUUCAGACGUUGAAUUUUGAUUUGUUAAAUGACCAGGAAUAAGAUAUUGCCUGAGCAAGAUGAAAUACCUUGAAGACCUUUGGUUCUGCUUUUGUUUCUCCUGAAGCAAUGGUUUUCUCAGCAAUGUUGACGCUGGCCCACUCUGGGACCUCAAACGCUACUUUUAUUGUUUAUGAAAAUACCUAUACGAAUUUUACCACUCCACAGUUCUUGCUUCGUAGUGGCACAACACAGCCGUCGAGAUACAGUUCAGGUGCCGUGCUCACCACUGAGAGAAGUACUUUUCUGGUAAAUACUACAGCUAUCCUGCCAUCACAAGAAGUUUUCAGGAGCUUGAGUUUGCCACUCCAGAUCAUUCUUUCUGCUGCUAUGAUAUUUAUCCUAUUGGUUUCUUUCCUUGGAAACUUUGUUGUUUGCCUCAUGGUCUACCAGAAGGCAGCUAUGAGAUCUGCAAUUAACAUUCUCUUAGCAAGUCUGGCUUUUGCAGACAUGCUGCUGGCAGUGCUGAACAUGCCUUUUGCUCUGAUAACAAUCAUUACCACUCAGUGGAUUUUUGGGGAUAUAUUCUGCAGAGUCUCUGCCAUGUUCUUUUGGCUUUUUGUCAUAGAGGGGGUAGCCAUUCUUCUUAUUAUUAGUAUUGACCGAUUUCUUAUCAUAGUUCAGAGGCAAGAUAAACUGAACCCUUACCGUGCAAAGAUUCUCAUUGUGAUUUCCUGGGCAGCAUCUUUUAUUGUUGCUUUUCCGUUAUCAGUAGGGAAUCCUAAUUUGCAGAUACCCUCAAGAGCACCUCAGUGUGUCUUUGGCUACUCGACAAGCCCAGGUUACCGAGCCUACGUGAUAGUUAUCUUGCUAAUUUCUUUUUUUAUUCCAUUCCUGGUAAUGCUGUAUUCUUUUAUGGGCAUACUCAACACCGUCCGCCACAAUGCAGUUCGUAUCCAUAGCCACCCUGAUAGCAUAUGCCUCAGCCAGGCCAGCAAACUUGGUCUCAUGAGCUUACAGAGACCUUUUCAGAUGAAUAUUGAUAUGAGCUUUAAAACUCGUGCCUUCACAACCAUCUUGAUUUUGUUCCUUGUCUUCAUAGUCUGUUGGGCGCCCUUUACCACUUACAGCCUUAUAGCCACAUUCAACAGCCACUUCUACUACAAGCACAACUUCUUUGAGAUAAGCACUUGGCUCCUUUGGCUCUGCUACCUCAAGUCUGCACUGAACCCACUGAUAUACUACUGGAGGAUUAAGAAGUUUCAUGAUGCAUGCUUGGACCUGAUGCCCAAAUACUUCAAGUUUUUGCCACAGAUACCUGGCCAUACAAGGCGGCGCAUUCGACCGAGUGCCAUCUAUGUGUGUGGGGAGCAUCGGUCGGUAGUGUGAAGCUGCAGUUGUUUGACAAUAAUUGUUAUUUUCUGGGUUUAUUUUUUUUAGGCUUUAGGUUGAAUUUUGUUUUGUUUAAUAUGGCUUCUUCAGUGUGGCCAUAUCUUAUAACUUACUUAAUUUUCCCAGUACUCGGUGCAAUUUUGGGAGGUAAGAUAGAAGGAGGGAAAGUGGUUGGUUAUAGUUGGGUUUACUACCAGAAUACAAUGUAAACAAAAUAACAAAUGUUACCUCUAGGAUUCCAUGGAAAUCCAUUCUUUUAAAUGAAAAAUACGUUUGUAACAUUUUGUCAGGUUUAGGCUUACUAGGCCUGCAAUUGCAUCUAAUUUUAGGGGGGUUGUUUUUUUUUUUAUGCUGCUAAGAUACAGUGUAUUUAGUUAGUGUAAUUUUUCUGAAAAAUGUUGCUGCUGUCUGCCAAUAUA